AUGUGGUCUAAAUUACGCAAGUUCGGCCUGGAUCAUUGUGAUCUACCGACGAUGGUGGAGAAUUCAUCCGAACUCCUUCGAGUCCUCUCGUUAAACUUGGAUCCUUCGUAUGAUAAGAAGAUCCCCAAGUUGUUCAACAUUUUCACCAUCGUGAUAUUCCUUUGCUAUGUGUACGUCUGUGUCGUUUCCAUGCUCUGGUAUGUGUUCUGGAGGUGCGUGGAGACUGGUGACGUCAUUAGCGCAAUGGUCAUCUUCUCCCUCGGGAUCUGCAGUGAAAUCAGCACGGUCAAGUUUGUCUACACGUUCCUGUAUCAAAAAUCUCUAAGAAAUCUUAUCAGAGACUAUUUGUCCUACGAUUCUAAAGCCGCUCCCAAUAGCAGAUUCAAAAUAAACGUGUUAAAAGUAUUGAGGCAGGUCAAAAAGAGGGCAAUCAUAUUCUGGAGUAUAGUUGUGGGAGAUUCCCUGAUAUACUGGAUCAAACCAUUGCUGAUGCCCGGAAGACACUUGAUAGAAGACACAGAAUACCUUUACGGAUUGGAGCCACUAUUCGAGUCACCGAACUUUGAAAUCGCCUACUUCGUGUCUCUGUGCGCGUCAAUGUUCACUGUUUACGCAACUGCUAACAUUUCCGUAUUUCUGAUCACUGUCACUGGCUACAUCGAAGCCCAGAUGCUGGCUCUCGGUGAAGAAUUAUUAAAUAUCUGGGACGAUGCACAAGAUUACUAUGAAAAAUAUGAUGUUAUUGAACAUAAAUUUGAAGACAACAAUGAAAAUGCAAAAGACAAACAUAUUAUUACGAACAGAUAUGUUAAGAAUCAACUGCGCACAAUUGUUGAUAAACACACAAGUAACAUACGUUUUUUGUCUCAAAUAGAGAAUGUAUUUAGGAGCUCCAUAGCAAUAGAGUUUGGGUUGUUAAUGAUAUCUUUGAUCGCUGAAUUUCUAGGAGGAAUAGAAAACACAUACUUACUAAUACCAUUCGCUUUAGUUCAAGUAACAAUGGACUGUAUCACAGGGCAGAAACUUUUAGAUUCAAGUAAAGUGUUUCAGAGAGCUGUGUUUGAAAGUAAGUGGGAGAACUUCGACUUGGAUAACAUGAAGACAGUACUGAUAAUAUUAGUGAACUCUCAGAGAGACAUGGCUCUCACUGUGGGUGGACUGAAAACGCUUAGCCUGCUGUGCCUCAUGGAUGUUUUUCGGAAGAUAUAUUCCACAUACGCAGCUUUGAGUACAAUGGUUCAUAGUUAA